UAUUUAACUAGUUUAAAAGUUUGCAACAAAAAAUAAACGAGCGACUUUGGAUAAAUAAAAUCUUUGCACCAAUUAUAUUCUACAAUUAUUAAAAAAAUCGCUUUUACACCUUGUCUAAAGAGCAAAUACAACAUAUUUUAAAAAUUACUAAAAACCGACUGCAGUCGUUCGGAUUGCCAGACAUUAAUUAUAAAAUAUACAACUCUUUAAACAAUGGAAGUUAAAUUAGAUUCGAAGGAACAGAAAAUAAACCAAAAAGACAUGGUUGAUUUUAAAUAUCAGCAUUUCGAAGAUAUUGAAGAAGGCAUUAAAGAAAAAGAAAAGGACAUAUUGGAGAUAAUGCAUAAAGUAUUUCAACUAUAUAAACCGGAGGAAAUUUUGCUGUCUUUUAAUGGAGGGAAAGACUGUACAGUAGUUUUACACAUGCUGCACACGUUUUUUCAAAAGAACGCUUGUCUGAAAAAUAUAAAAAUUCCCACAUUAUAUAUUACUGAUCCGGAUGGAUUCGAGGAAAUCGACCAGUUUGUGAAUGAUUGCCUCAAUAUUUACAAUAUAGAUCUUAUUAAGAAAAAGGGUCCUAUUAAAGAAGCUCUAAAGGAGCUUUGCAAUGAAAAUCCUAAAUUAAAAGCUGUAUUUAUGGGCUGCAGGAGAACUGAUCCCUAUUGUAAAGAUUUAAAAGUUAUGCAGAUGACAGAUUCGGGUUGGCCGCCUUUAAUGCGUAUUAAUCCUAUUGUAGAUUGGAAAUGUCGACAAGUGUGGGAGUAUAUAUAUCUUUAUAAUGUACCAUAUUGCAAACUGUAUCAAAAAGGAUACACCUCAAUAGGAAAUAAAAGAAAUACAAAACCGAAUCCGUAUUUACGCUUAAUAGAUGUCACUACAGGGAAAGUUGUCAAUUAUAGGCACGGCCAUGAGCUCCUGGACAAUGAUGAGCUAGAACGUGCUGGACGAUUCUAAGUUUAUUAUUAAAUUUAUCUAGUAUGAUAGCAAACACAAUUGGAAUACGAUUGUGUAAAAAAUACUUAAUAAUAUAUUUGUAAGAAUGGUGCUAAAAUUUUAAAUAUUGUUAGAAUUACAUUUUUAGUUAAAAACAAUAAAUAGUUGAAAUUCUGUAUAUAAAAAAUUAAUAAAAUAAAACAGUACAAAUAUCAU